GCUACCAGGUGUGGCCAUUAGAAGCGUAUAUAUUGUGUACGAGGCCUGCAACAUGUCAUGCGCGAAUAGGGGUGACUAGAAAUCAAAAUGGCGUACGCGCUGCAGAAAAGAAUCGCAUCAAACAAGCGUCGCUGAUGAAAGGAGAAUCACCGGCUAAAAAACAAACCCACUUUCAGCUAACAAAGAACAAGAGAAAAAUGUCCAACGCAGACGUGCAGUUCAAUUACGGCCAGCAGGGAAAUGGCGACAACUUCAACGACGACAGCAACCAGCAGCAGGAUGAAGACGACCAGUUCGACGGAGAUGGCGGCGUCAAGAUCGAGAACGUCGGCGAGAGCCCCAAGUUCGUUCGAUUGCGUGGCCUGCCCUGGUCCGCCACCCACAAAGAGAUCCUCGACUUUCUGGAGAACGUGAAUGUGACCAAUGGCUCGGCGGGCAUACACCUGGUCACGAGCCGCGUCGACGGCAAGAACACCGGCGAGGCGUACGUGGAGGUGGCCAGCCAGGAGGACGUCGAAGAGGCCCGCAAGCUGAACAAGGCCAGCAUGGGCCACCGCUACAUUGAGGUUUUUACCGCCACUCCCAAAGAGGCCAAGGAAGCCAUGCGGAAGAUAAGCGGACACGGCACGGCAUUCGUUGUAAAGCUUCGUGGUCUGCCCUAUGCCGUCACCGAGCAGCAAAUCGAGGAGUUCUUCUCUGGGUUGGAAAUCAAAACGGAUCGGGAGGGCAUACUUUUUGUUAUGGACAGAAGGGGUCGUGCAACUGGGGAAGCUUUUGUUCAGUUCGAAAGCCAGGACGACACUGAGCAAGCCUUGGGCCGAAAUCGGGAAAAAAUUGGGCACAGGUAUAUUGAGAUAUUCCGCAGCUCGAUUGCUGAAAUGAAGAGGGCCACAGGCGCUGGCGGUGGUGUCGGAGGACGCCCGGUGCCGUAUGACAUACGUGAUCGUGGUGCCAACCGUGGUGGCAAUGAUUUCGGCGGAGGACGCAAUGAUUGGGGCAACAAUGGCAACUUUGGCGUUGGUGCCAACAACAUGCUGGGCUUCAACAAUCUGCCAAGCUUGAUGAAUUCCGGCAACUUUGGAAACAAUCAAGGUGGAAAUAAUGGAAACUUUGGUAAUAACUCCGGACCCAGCAAUUUCGGCAACUUUGGUGGCGGCAACAACGGUGGAAAUUCCGGCAACUUUGGAAACGAUAGUGGUAACAGCGGAAACUUUGGAAACUUCGGCAACAAUGGAGGUGGAAACUUUGGCGGCAACAACAACGGCGGCGGUGGUUUCAAUAAUGGCAACAACUUCAAUUCUCCAGGCGGCAUUAAUAAUUUCGGCAACAAUGGCGGUUCAAAUUUUGGCGGCAACAGUGGAGGAGGUUUCAAUAACGGCGGCAACUUCGGAUCCUCGAGUGGUGUCGGCAACUUUGGUCCGAUCGGCGGCGGUCGCAACAAUAACAACGGGAAUUUCGGAAACUCUGGAUUCGGUAACUUUGGAGGAAACAACAAUGGCGGCUCGAACUUCGGAGGAGGCAACAAUGGCGGUGGCGGAGGAUUCAACAAUGGCUCCAACUUUAGCGGUGGCAACUCCAUGGGAGGUGGUGGCAAUUUCGGCCCCAUCGGCGGAGGUCGGGGCAACGAUAUCGAGUAUUAUACAAUCCACAUGCGAGGGCUUCCCUACACUUCAUUUGAAAACGAUGUCUUUAAGUUCUUUGAACCAAUCCGACCAGCUAACGUGCGCAUAAACUACAACAAGAAGGGUCUGCACAGUGGUACUGCUGAUGCCUACUUCGACACCUACGAGGACUCCCAGGUGGCCAUGAAGCGCCACAGAGAGCAGAUGGGUUCGCGGUACAUUGAGCUGUUCUACGACGGAAAGACACGUGGUGGUCUCAAUGGCAACAACGGUGGGGGAAACGGGGGUGGUAACGGUGGCGGCGGCGGAAUGGGAAAUAAUGGCGGUGGCGGCGGCGGCGGCAAUUUUUCGCGACGCAUCUAAAGCUCUUCCAAUAGUUUGAUUACAUUGAAAUUAAUGUAGACGCAAGUAUUUCGUAAUAUUAUGAUGAAGCUGAAACAAUACCGCUAAACCGCUAAGGAACCCUUACAAUCACGAAAACCACUUAACUAUUGAACAGAUUUCAGACAGACAAUUGGUCAGACAUAGGAAACCACCAAUGUAUAAUCAAGAAUAAAAAGCACAUUUUUAUUUAAG